CUUACAACUUACUAUAAGCUCGACCUAUUUUGUUGGCCAAUAUUAUUUAAUUGGUUCGAUUGUGAAUUGUAUUUUAAUUCUAUUUUAAUGUUACACUCUACCAUAUAUUAGAAGAGCACUCUAACAUAUUUUUACUUUUUUUGUGGGUUUUUGACCCAGGCUAUCAAAAACCGGAAGUGUACUUGCAACAAGAAAAUAGCGUGACCGUUUAGUUUCGGUGUAGUUUUACUGUAGCUGAGCGGAGACGACAGUUUACUCUGUUAACAAGUUCCACAAUGGGAUUCCAAAAAGUAUGGGCCACUGGCUCACGAAACUGUAUUAUAUGUUGUUUUUUGUGUCUAACGUUGUUUUCUAGAAUUGAGACUACUGGUCUUGUUGAUGCAGUCACUGAGAGACAAGCGGAGGAAAGUCACAGACAAGACAGCACAAAAGUGCUCGUUUUUACACUUCUGCUAACACUUACUAUCUUAACUAUAUGGCUCUUCAAACAUCGACGCUUCAGGUUUUUGCACGAAACCGGACUAGCCAUGAUCUAUGGCCUCUUAGUGGGUGUGAUCCUCCGUUUUGGGGUCCACGUCCAGCCGGAUGUGAGCAACAGCACACUGACCUGUGUGGGGAAGUCCAGACCCAGCUCCCUCCUACUCAACGUCAGUGGGCACCUGUACGAGUACGAGCUGAGAGGGGAGGUGGACAGCAGGAGCAGCGACAACCUCCCCAGUGUAGACAUGCUCAGGAAGGCCACUUUUGAUCCGGAGGUGUUUUUCAACAUCUUAUUGCCACCUAUCAUCUUCCAUGCUGGCUAUAGCCUCAAAAGGAGGCACUUUUUUAGAAAUUUGGGCGCCAUCCUUACCUAUGCUUUUGUAGGCACUGUGAUUUCUUCAUUUGUUAUUGGGCUGGUCAUGUACGGCUGUGUGGCGUUAAUGAAUGCAAUUGGACAACUGGAUGGAGACUUUUUCUUCACAGAUUGCCUAUUCUUUGGGGCCAUCAUCUCUGCUACAGAUCCAGUGACUGUUCUGGCCAUCUUCAGUGAGCUGAAGGUGGACGUUGACCUAUAUGCACUGAUGUUUGGGGAGAGUGUGCUCAACGAUGCUGUGGCCAUCGUGCUGUCAUCAUCUGUUGUGGCAUACCAGCCAUCAGGAGAAAGUAGCCAGGCGUUGGAUGGGCGUGCCAUGUUGACGUCCCUGGGGGUGUUUCUGGCGGUCCUCAGUGGCUCUUUCGUACUGGGCUCUGCUGCUGGAGUUCUGACUGCUCUGGUAACAAAGUUUACCAGGCUGAGGGACUUUCCCCUGCUGGAGACUGCCCUCUUCUUCCUGAUGUCCUGGAGCACGUUCUUAUUGGCUGAGGCAUGCAGCAUCACUGGUGUAGUGGCUGUACUCUUCUGUGGAAUCACACAGGCUCACUACACUUACAACAACCUUUCUGCAGAGUCCAAGAGCCGAACCAAAGAGUUGUUUGAGCUGCUGAACUUCCUGGCUGAAAACUUUAUCUUCUCCUACAUGGGGUUGACACUCUUCUCAUUCCAGAAGCACGUGUUUAACCCUGUUUUCAUUACUGGAGCCUUUCUGGCGAUAUUCCUUGGCAGAGCAGCUAAUAUCUACCCCCUGUCGUUCCUACUCAAUCUGGGACGCACCAAUGCCAUCAGCCUCAACUUCCAGCAUGUGAUGAUGUUUGCAGGGUUACGAGGAGCCAUGACCUUUGCCCUGUCGAUCAGGGACACAGCAACAUAUGCGAGGCAGAUGAUGUUUUCCAGCACUCUCCUCAUUGUCUUCUUCACAGUGUGGGUGUUUGGUGGGGGCACAACCCCCAUGCUAUCCUUCCUGAAGAUCAGAGUGGGGGUUGAGGAAGAGCAAGAAAGUUCUGUGCCAGGGUCAGAAGAAACAGUAGGAACAGUUGGUAGACGUGACACCGCCUGGCUCUUCAGACUGUGGUACACAUUUGACCACAAAUAUGUGAAGCCCCUGCUCACCCACAGUGGUCCACCCCUCAUCACCACUCUGCCUGCCUGCUGCGCACCUGUAGCACACUGCCUCACCAGCUCUCAGACCUAUGAGCAGCAAGACUCUGACUCAGAGCUCAUCCUGAACCACAGUCCCAGCAUGCUGUACAGUGACCUAUCAGUCAGUGCUGACGCAGUCUUUGACCCCUCCUCCUCUGUCCAGGAUCAGCCUCUGCUGCAGGGACCAACUCAUUCUGUUUUGUCCACUGAGGAGUCCCCGAUAGUCCCAGGCCCUGUCCCUCUGCCGCCCCAUUCCUCGCCCCUCUCGGAACCCCUCCGUCUAAGACUGUGAACAAAUAUGUGUGGCGGGGCUCCCUUACCCUUGGGGCCGGGCUAGGUCCCCCUGGGGGUGGGGUGCGCUCUCUCAGGCUCAUCCUGAUGACACUGCCGCAUCUCAGCUUCAGACAGUUCCCCGGAGUUAGUAAUGUCUGCAGUGAAGCUAACAGCCUGGUAUCCAGGCAAACUAUUCUGUUCCAGUAUGUUGACUUUAGUAUUACACUGUUCUGGGUUUUGUUUUUCUCCUAAUGCGUUAAUUUAUAAUAUUUUAGUGUAGGAUUUACAGAAUUUAACUGCUGGCCUUGUACGCAGUUGUGGUAGAAGUGAUAUGGUCACCUCCUCCAAAGCAACACGCCAAACUGUUUCCGCGGGAGUUGUGUAGUAAAACGAGUUGUGCAGGAUUGUGUUCUUAUGUAAUCUACGUCAUGGGUAAUAACCUCAUGAAGUCAUGGAGAAAGCAGAAGGGAAAAUGAGUGCCUAAUGUUUAACUACAUAUUAAAACCUGUUAAAACCUUAAA